AUGUCGAAAGCUGUCGCUUCCAAGGAUGUGGACGCCCGCGAGGUGGCACAGGACUCCGAGAUUCAACGCUUGCUGGCGGAAGACAACACGCCAUGGUACAAGAAACCGAACCUGCGAACACUCUACUUCUUCCUCGUUCCCGCUGCGUUGGGAGUUGAGAUGACAUCGGGCUAUGAUGGAAGUGUCUUGAAUGGUUUACAAGCUGUGGACCCUUGGCUGAGUCAUUUCGACUACCCCAGUGGGGCUACACUUGGUAUUGUAACUGCAUCGUUCAACAUUGGUGCUGUUGCUGGCAUUCCAUUGAUCCCAUACAUCAACGAUCGCUUUGGACGCAAAGCCUGCGUCGUCCUUGGUUCCCUCUUCAUCUCUAUUGGCGUCAUUAUUCAGACCGCUGCUAUCAAUGUCGGCAUGCUAAUCGCUUCUCGCCUCAUUAUGGGCCUGGGUAUUCCAUACGCCAUUUCCGGCGCUUCCCAAUUGAUCGCCGAACUCUCGUAUCCUCACGAACGCGCCGUCAUCACUGGUUUAUUCAAUGAGUCGUGGUACGUCGGAGCCAUACUCGCAGCCGGCGUCACCUUGGGCACCUUUGAACGACCAGAUCAUUGGUCUUGGCGCCUCCCAACGCUCUUCCAGAUCCUGCCUUCGACACUUCAACUCAUCUUCAUCUGGUUCGUCCCCGAGUCGCCUCGUUUCCUGAUAUCCCGCGACCGCCACGAAGAAGCACUUGCCAUCCUCACCAAGUACCACGCCGAGGGCGACUCCUCUUCGCCGUUUGUGGCUGCCGAGUUCCACCAGAUCCGAGAGACCAUCCGCCGAGAGCAAUUAGCCUCCAAGUCUCCAUGGAAAGAGCUCGUCACCAACCCGGUCAACCGCCGCCGUGUCCUCAUUGCUGCUUGCGUUGGCCUCUUCGCUCAGUGGGCUGGCAACGGCCUCGUGUCCUACUAUCUCGCCCGAGUCCUUGCCUCUAUCGGCAUCACCGAGCGACGUACUCAGAAUCAACUGAACCUGGGCCUCAUGUGCUGGAACCUCGUCACAGGUGUCUCGGGCAGUUUCGUGCAACACGUUAUGCCGCGCCGCAAGCAGUUCCUGACAGCGUACGGUGGCAUGUGUCUCAUCUUCGCGUGCUGGACGGGCGCGAGCGCCACUUACGCCAAAGACAACUCCAACCACAGCGCGGGCACAGCUGUUGUGGCUCUCAUCUUCGUCUACUAUGCGUUCUACAAUCUCAUGAUGCCUCUAGCUUACUGCUACAUCACCGAGGUGUUCCCUUUCAUGCAUCGGAGUAAGGGUGUGGCGAUCAUGCAGCUCUUCAGUCGGGCGGGCAGUGCGUUCAACCAAUUUGUCAACCCCCUCGGCCUGGAGGGUAUACAGUGGAGAUUCUACUUGGUCUACGUCAUAUGGCUGGCAAUUGAGACAACUGUGAUCUUCUUCCUGUAUCCCGAAACCAAAGGGCCGAGUUUGGAAGAGGUGGCGAUGGUCAUGGAUCGGGAGGCACAGGUGGAGAAGGUCGAGGUUGGGGCUACUGGGAAGGGCGGCGAGCACGUUACGGAGGUCGAGAAGGCGGCUUGA